AUGAAAGUUAGAAUACCUAUAGUAAUAGGAAGAAGAAUCCAACCGCAAAAAGUUGAUGAAUACGUUGAAAAUCAUGGUUUUACCUACAAACGGAAUAACGAAUUAAUAAAAGCAAGAAACGUGGAAAAAUUUUGUAGAAGCAAUGCACUUGCAUCAAUUAAUAAUGUUAAUUCUGGAAGUAACCGUAUUAUUGACGAAAAUAAUGAAAAACAUUCAAGAAAACGUGAUUUAAGUAAUAAAGACUCAUUGUAUUCAGUCGCUAGUAAAAUGGCUGUGGAUUUAUUAAACACGAAACGCUGGUUAAAUUUAAAUCCCCGUAAAGUUAAAAAGCAAAAAGGUAAACAAACAGAAUUGAAAAAUAGAACAGAAAACUCUAGAAGGCAAAGCGAUUACAUGGACUCACGUAAUGAUAUGGCGCUGAUGAAGCAUUUAAAGAAACUGCGAAAGAAUAAAGUAAGAAGAGACGAUAGAGAAGAAGAAUUACAGUACGAUUUCGAUGAAGAGGAAUUAAAUUAUGAAUGA